AUGAUGCCAGAACUACAGAAGGCUAAACAGACUGACAGCCACACAACUUCACAUCAGACAGACGAGCACAAGGACUGGGGGCUGUGGUUGGUGGUCUCCUGCUCUGAAGAAACUGGGCCAGAGAAGUCUAGGCAGCAACAACAUGUGACCAAUGGCAAGAACUCUGGGCCUCACUGGGGGAAACAGUAUUAUAGUAUUAUAAUCAAGAAUGGCAAUACCACCGCCAGGGGUCAAUGCAAGUCAAAGAAUACUUUUCUCCAUGCCAAAGCAGGAGCUAUGGUAUGCAAGAUCCCCAUCCAUGUCCGCUGCAAUAAGAGGAAGGAAUGCCGUCCGAGUAAACAGGUUUUCAAACAGAUCCAUUGUCUACACCUGGCACCAGGGCAAUCCUCCAAAUGGAAAUACAAGAGCUCCCUUAAGAGAAGCAAGAGGGUAGUGGCUCAAGAUGAGAAAUCAGCAAUCCCUGUGCACUUUGGGCCAUAA